CGCGAGGAGCAGGAUUGCCGAGACGCGCGCGCAGCCCUGCAGAACGAUCGUGCGGAGGCUGCUCAUGCGCCCUUUGCGUUUCUGCCCCCAGCGCUCCCGAAAGGCGCAUGCGUGCAACCAGCCAGCCACCGUCCCCUUUCUGGCGCUAAGGGUUUUCCCAUCCGGGUUACUCCACGGCUCCCGCCCCGGAAGAAGCCGCUGGGUCUCGGGGCGGCGGCGGGCUCCUUCCCCGCGGGGUUGAGCGCGGGUAACUGUCAGCACCCACAGUGCCAAGGAUGAAAACAGAAGCUAAGGAUGGAGAAGAGGAAAGUCUUCAGACAGCUUUCAAAAAGCUAAGAGUUGAUGCAGCAGGGUCCACUGCUUCUCUUCCUGUGGGUGAGGGUACAAUUCCAAGAGCACUGGUUAGAACAGCUACAGAUGAAACCAAACCUAAGAAUGUGUGCACAUCUAAAGAAGCCUGGCAUGGGUCUAUGAGGAAACCUUCAAGAGGGGCAGUGAGAACCCAGCGUCGGAGGCGUUCUAAGUCUCCAAUCCUUCAUCCUCCUAAGUUUAUCCACUGCAGUUCAAAAAUGCCUUCUGUGUGCAGCCAUCUGGUACACAAGAGCCAGGUUGACACUCCAGACAACAGCACCGGGCUAGGGGUGCCAGUCCCAAAGGAAUUCUGUGCAAAUGAACGUUCCAGUCCUGUUCUAGAUGGCGUUGGCCACAAGGGAGUUGUUGCUGAGCGUUCGGGGGCUUCUGUUGCAGAGCUAGUGCCAGAGAACAAACAGGAAAACUCUUCUGUUGCUGUUUCUCUGAUGUCCAAAGCAAGUCUAAAGACAACAGAUCUUUCUGACUUCCAGUCGGUGUCCAAACAAAACAAGAGUAAGCCAUGUGCAUGCAUGGACAAGGCCUGUCAGUGUAAGCGGUGGCAAGACAUGGAAGUGUACAAAUUCUCUGGCUUGCAGAACACCAUCCCAUUGUCACCAGAAAGAACAGUUGCUGAGGACCACUCCCAGCCUUUGCCAUCAAGAACUCCCUCAAGUUCUCCACGAUCUUGCUCUGAGCAAGCAAGGGCCUAUGUGGAUGAUGUGACUAUUGAAGACCUUUCAGGAUACAUGGAAUAUUACUUAUAUAUUCCCAAGAAAAUGUCUCACAUGGCAGAAAUGAUGUACACCUGACAUCAAUGGGCUUUAGAGAAAGGGUUUGAUUGAAAUCUGCCCUCAGUCAUACUCUACAUGAGAAGCAAUCCACUCCCUGCUCACCGUGCUUGCAAUAAAAACACUUCAUUGCAUUCAGCUAACUUUUGUUAUUUAAACCAGACAAAACACCUUAAUUUAGAAACGUGACAGCUCUAACCCUAGAAUGGUGGUUGAUUUGGUUAGAGAACAGUCUCUUCCCAUAUCUGCUUAUGGAACUAAUAACUUGGGAAAUUCUACAUUGAUUAAAGAUCUUAUUUAAAAAAAAAAAAUCCUGCAGUUCUGGGUUAUUGCAGAGACCAGUCCAUAGAAAGCGCUGUAUGGGAUCAGAUGUCUUUAUUUGGGAAGUCUGAUGCUGUAUCUUAGCUCAUCUGAGGUCUCUUUUUGAUGUUCAAUUGCAACUCAUAAACAGGCAGUUAUGGAUUCAGGGUUAGCUUUGGAAACUUGUCAAGUGGGGCUGUAUAGCACCAAAUUAUGGGAACACUUUAAAAGUGGGGGUCAUGCCCCAUUUUUUUCCUUUAUCUUUACAUCCAUUGCUCUAAUUAUUUCCAGAUGCCUGAAUUUGCUUUUCUGUGGGGGGUGGGAGGUGCAAUCAAUGUUGCUUGUUUAUGAUUAAAGAGCAGCUUUGUUUCUAGUAGGAUAAACUUUUUCUUCAGACUCUGACCUUUUCUUCCCUUUUCCUUUCUUCACAGCUCUCCUAUUCUCCAAGUUAGUAUACUAUCAGAUUCUAGUAUUAACCUUGCAAGAGGUAUUAUCACAUUAGACUCCCUAAUCAGAGAAAUAAUUCAGGUAAUCAGAUCUUCUACCUUUGUCUGCUGCAGCAGAAAUAGAUGGCUUUGUAUCUUGAAUGUAAUUGUUCCUCAUUAAUAGCCAAAGGAAAAACAGUUGAUGAGGUGAGUUGACUCCUUUGCAGUUUGUUUUUUAUAAAAAUACAUCAAAAGACCAAACAGCAUUUGCCAACUUCUUCAGUGUGCUUUUGUCUGCACAUCCUUCCCCCACUGUAAUCCUGAUUGUAGUUAGACAAAAAUACCCAAAUUUGUCCUCCCUGCAAUUGCUCAUUUCUGAGGGCUUGUCUACACUGGUAUGCUAAAUAGGCGCUGCUGUGAUUGAUGCAGCAGUGUACAUUUAGCAGAUCUGGUAAAGACACAAUAAAUCAAUGGCAGAGCACUCUCCUGUCUACUUCAGUACUCCACUUUCCAAGAGGCGGAAGGUAAGUUGGCGGGAGAGCAUCUCCCACCGACAUAGUGUGGUGUAGACACCACGUUAGGUCAAUGUAAGCUGUGUCAUUUGGGAGUGAUUUUUUUUUUUUACACACCCCUGAGCAACGUAACUUACUUCGACUUAAGUGGCAGUGUAGACCAGCCGUUUGAGACGUAGUUUUGACAUAGAUGAAGCCUGCAGGUCUAUUAUGUCUCAAUUAACGCUUGGUCAAUUGCCAAGCUGGGACAUCUUGGGCCUUCCUGCUGCAUCCAUGUGUUCUCCUUUUCCCUCCCUUCUGGCAAUCCAUUUACUAAAACAUAAAAAUAUUGGUAGUGUGAUCCUUGUCUUGUCGUGAGGCAGAGUGCUGAUGGAUACAUGUACGGUUCUCCACUGCCUGUAGUGCAUAUCUCCCUGCACAGAAGAGCAGCUGCAGCUCAAAUCUGCAUGUGAUCACAUCAAAGCAGCACCAAGAGCUGUCUCCUGUUCUAGGUUUAGCAGUGGAGAGGUACAAGGGAGUAUACUGCCAGGUACUGAAACUACCCCUUGGGGGAAGGGGUAUGAACCAGUGUUAUGUGCUGAUGCUUUUACAGUUUUGUGCCUUGUGUGAGAGACAAGAAUAAUUUAGGAGAAACACUUCCGUGCUAAAUUCCAUUGGCACCUCUGGUUAUUAAGAAUGUCAUCUCUGCUCCAUUAUCUGCAGCUUGAUAUGACUUAAUGGCACAGGAUGUCAUUGUCUGUCAGUGUUAUAAUCUAUCCUAGUGAAGUGGCCUCACAAUUAAGACCGAAUUGAUGACCCCAAACUACCUAGCAUUUCUUAAUGUCAGAAGUCCUAAAUAGGCAGGCUGUGCUGGGUCCAUUUUCCCCUUCAAUUUCCUUCCAUUCAGAUAACUUAAUAAGAUUAGUCACAUGUAUCUGAAUGUGAAGUAGCUGCAUUUCCUUGUGUGUGGUUGUCUGCUGCAGGAAUAGAACUAGAAUUGUAAACUCUGAAAUUUCAUUUUAUCCCCCAAUUGCUCACUCUUUUGGAUUUUUUCCUAAUAUAUAAUAUGCCAGUACCAACUCAUUGCAUUGCUCACUUCUAAUUCAUACACUAGAUGUUACAUCUGGGGAAUGGGAGUAAUACCUUUCAUAGGGAGGAGGGCCCAGUUACCAUUCCACUAUUUUGUUUUCCCAUGGGAGUCCCAUAGACUUAGGGGUAAGGAUUUAUAUUUUGAUUGCCCUGUUUUGCAAUACAUGAAGUGCAGUGUGGUGGAGUUGGUACAGUCAAUUACUUUGUCCUGAAUUUUACGAAGAGUGAAUCCUGGAGUACAAGUCAAUAUCUAGUAGGGACCCUAAAGGAAAACUGUACAAUACUUGGGUAUGUACUGUUGAUGGUUAGGGAAGGAGAAGCAUCCAAACAAGUUGGUAAUCCAUGUCUGACCGCUAGAUGUCACCUUUACUCCAUGUCCCUGACAAUAUAGAUCCACUGGCUGACUGAUACUUACCUUAAACUUUCUAAGUAGUGCAUCAGUUCAGUCAUUUAGGAGUCCUAUAGCCAAGUGGUGCUUAAAAUAUACAUUUGAACAUAAUUUUCAUUACAGAUUUGUUGUGGAACAGUGCUGCAGUUUGUAAUAACUUUCGUGGUCUUGAACUUGGCCUGUUUUUAAGACAUUAACAUCAUUGGUGGUGGUAAACUAGAUCAGAGUUUAUUAUUCCUGUCUUCUAGAACAGCAUGAGAUGUACUUGAAGACACUUCAGUGUUAAUAUCCCUUCAAUUUUAUCUCAAGUCUUGCAAUAUUUUGUUUUAAAGUCCCAGCACCUUGAGUAAAGUGACUACAUGAAAUUCUCAGUUCUCAUUUAAAAAAGAAAAAUAAAAAUCUACCCCUCAGAGCAGAGUGAGUUGAGAAUGUGACCUGUCUGUACCCUAAGGGCUCAAACCAGAAGAUAGUGAAAGAUCCCAACACUUAACUAUUUUAGAAUCUUCUUUUUAAGCCAAUCUUAUAACUUGAGGUCUAACUCAUGAUGUUUGAAUGCUUGGGGUUGACAGUUCUGCACCUGGCAUUUCUGAGCCUCAGAUAUGAUGCUUAGAUACUAUGGUGAUAAGUGCAAUAUAAGAAACUAUGUAGAAUAGAAUUUUGUCACUAGUUCCCUUUUUGUUUGAAUGACCUCUCUGAGAACCUGAGUGGCUGGGUAAGGGAAGAACAAGGUUAGCCUAAGUGACUGUUGGGCUUAAUUUUGUCGUGUGUGCAUGCCCAAUGGGUAGGUGUAUUUGCAUGUGGAGCUGCAUUUAGGCACCAUGUAGCAUGUACUUUUGCAGUUCUAAAAACUGAAGUCCCUAAUGAUAGCAUCAGUUGUAAAGCCCUGUACAACCAUGCAACGGGUUGUCUUAAUUUUACAGAUGAGACAAGAUUUUGCAGCAUGCCUGGACCCAUACAACAAAUCAGUGGCAGAGCUGGACUUGGAACGCCAGAGUUCCUAUCUCAAUACGUUACCUCUUAUUAGGGGUGCAUAAUGUGCCAGCAGUAACACAGGUUAGCUCCAUAGCUGCCAUUGUUUCCUUUGGGAUAAGCACCUGCUCCUAGUAAUAUGGUGGUCACUAAAUAGCACAUCGUACUUUUAUAGCCUUGCUAAGCGUCUAAGAGUAUGGGACAGGUUGAAGGAGGGAAAGAUUUGGAUCAGUGGGCCAUGCUGGGGUAACGUUCCCCCUCUCUUUCCUGUGUACUCACCAGUCUUGUAUUUGAAGAUGGGAGUUAUGUGCCAGUACCACAGCAUCUGUAUGUGGCUCUGUAGUUUAGUUCUAUCUUUUCCAAGCACAAUGCAAAUAAGCAGUGCUCACACCACCUACUAGGCAGAGCCACUGCUUGUAAAUCUUUUGGAGUAGCAAACAUGUUGACUGACUAUAAAAAUAAAUAAAUAAAAGCAGACCCUAAGGUGAAAUACCUCCAGAGAUUUUUUUUUUUUUUAAAGUAGGUCCUGUGGCCCAUCUGAAGUAGACAGGGAACAUUGAAGCAGCCAGCAACCUCUCUUUGGAGAUGAAUGCAUCUUCUGUGCAAACUUGGUCUCAGCUGACCUGGGAAGUGGAUUUCAGCGGAUGCUUCACAUGCAUUUACAGUUGCAUUGAGGGCUUGUCUAUAUUUGAAAACAUGUAGUGGCUAGCUAAAGCGAUUUAAAAUUGAUCUAAAAAUAUGCAAACCCUCCCAGUCUAGAUCCACAUCAAUUGCUUUAAACUUUGCUUAAAUCUGUUUAGUUUAUUUCUGUAAAUUACACAUGUAAGCAAAACUGGUUUAAACACAUCUACACUAGUGGCUUGAAUAAACUAGAUUGAUUCAAUGCAGACCAGGCUUAAGAUAAGCCUGGCUCAUACUACACAUCACAGCGUGAAAAUGGGAAAGUGCAGUGCUCAGUUACACCUGUACUAUUGGUGACAAGACCCUGGAUUUUCAGCAGGGCAACUGAUUCCUCUUGGCAGGAGUGAUGGAGAUGAGCAUGAUUUCAAAUAAUGUUUGUAACUCAAAACCUUUCUUGAGGUUUCACUUUAAUGUGUAUAUUCUUGUCUUCCUCUUGCCCCCCUGUCCUUGAUACUGCCUGUGAGUGAAUAAAUGGGCUUUAAUUUAAAA